CACGCCGUUACCAGUGCAGCCUUAUGCCUCUGGGGUGAAGAGACGGUCUCCCCGCUCUGCGGCCCUGCGCGUUGCUGGGCUUUAGAGCUGACCAGGACAGCAACUGCUCAGCAUGGUGGAUUUCAAUAGCACCAACUUCCAGCCCGCAACGUUCCAACUGGCCGGGUUCCCGGGCCUGGAAGCUGCUCACCACUGGAUCUCGAUCCCUUUCUGUGUGUUCUACGUCGCCGCCAUUCUAGGGAAUUGCACUAUUCUCUGCAUUAUCUGGGCAGACCGGCGUCUCCACCAGCCCAUGUAUUUGUUCCUUUGCAUGUUGUCAGUCAACGACCUCGGUGUCUCGCUGUCGACCCUGCCCACGGUGCUCAGCACCUUCUGCUUCAAUGUCACAGACGUCGCGUUCGACGCCUGCCUGGCCCAGAUGUUUUUCAUUCACUCCUUUUCCAACAUGGGGUCGGGGAUUUUACUGGCCAUGUCAUUCGAUCGCUUUGUCGCCAUCUGCGACCCGCUGCGCUACGCGGCCAUCUUGACCAACCCCAGGAUCGUGAGAAUCGGGCUGGCUGUUGUGAUUAGAAGCUUCAGUGUGGUUUUACCAUUGCCCAUUCUUAUUAAACGCUUGCCUUUCUGCCGUGCCGAAGCCCUCUCCCACGCCUACUGUCUGCACCCGGACGUGAUGAGGCUGGCGUGUGCGGACAUCACAGUCAAUAACAUCUACGGCUUAUGUGCUGUUCUCUUUGUCUUCGGAAUAGACUUGCUGCUUAUUGUCAUCUCCUACAUUCUGAUUCUGAAGACCAUCUUCAGUAUCGCCUCUGGGGGGCAGCGUCUCAAGGCCCUGAACACCUGCAUCUCCCAUGUCUGCGCUGUCUUAAUAUUCUACAUUCCAAUGAUCACAGUCUCUGUCAUACACAGGUAUGGCGAGAACGCCCCGCCGCUGGUCCACAUUCUGAUGUCCAGUGUCUACCUCUUCAUGCCCCCUGUGAUAAACCCCAUCGUUUACAGUAUAAAAACCAAAGAGAUUCGAAAGAGCAUCCUCAAAAUGUUCUCUAGGUAACUAACCCAACCUGGGUGUGAGAUGGUUUCUGAUGUCUAUCUUUUUGGUUUGUAAGUGGAUGGAUGGAUGGAUGGAUGCCUUAAAGUUUCAGAAGUGGCUAGUGAUUUGGAGGUCUUCAGUUAAGGGGUACCCAACUGGAGACAUGGCAAAAGGCCUGAUUUUCAAACAGGGUUGGGCACUUGUUCUCUGAAAAUCAACACUUUGAAGACAUCUCCGAUUGGGCAUCUAAAAACUGAAGCAACCAAAAUCUCACAUCUCAUUUGAAACAUUGGGCCAUGAUUUCUGUAUCGGGCAGUUGGCUGACCAUGAAAAAAGAGAUGCCACAAAGUGUGAGAUUAGGUGGGUGAAUUGUGGCCUUUCGGGGGAUGUUUGUUCUCUAUUUUAUCCGUACAUUAUGCACAAUUCUUUGUACGACGCAGGUGAUGUUAAGCUUGAAUUGACAAUGUAUGACUGUUCUAGACUCUUUUGUAUUUGGA